UUUUGCUGAGUGUGCACGGCCGCUGCUGAUCACUCUAAUGUUGCCGCUUAUCCCACCGCUGUCGCCGCCACCACCGCUGCCGUUUAAAGGGCAGUAGUGCUGAAUCAUCACCGCCCGGGUCUCGGUACGCUCCGCACCGGCACCCGGUCGGGUCGCUCGAACCGCCACGCACCGCCGACCAACCGGUGAUUUCAUAAUAGCACAGACAAAGGGGGGCAGGCUGCGAGCGGCUGUCAAGCUUAAAGAGAGAAGCCAUGUGUCGGAAUUGGAGGACCGAGCCGGGACGCUGCUACCGCCGGGGAUUCCCUCGUUGCGCUGCGGCCACACGGCUACAUAUUUAGAAAGUGUCCCAACUUAGCGCGCCGGUGACCGUUAGCUUCCCCCGGUAGUCCGCGCUCCGAGCAGCGGCAGCGGUGGACACACAAACUGGACACUGUUCAGGUCUGUUCAGAAGAGCAAGGCUCUUGUGGCAUGACGACGACUAACAAAGGAAAUAAAGCCUUGAAGGUGAAGCGUGAGCCAGGUGAGAAUGGCACCAGCCUCACAGACGAGGAGCUGGUGACCAUGUCGGUGCGGGAGCUGAACCAGCACCUGCGGGGGCUCUCCAAAGAAGAGAUCCUGCAACUGAAACAGCGGCGGCGCACCCUGAAGAACCGGGGCUACGCCGCCAGCUGCAGGGUGAAGCGGGUCACCCAGAAGGAGGAGCUGGAGAAGCAGAAGGCCCAGCUGCAGAAGGAGGUGGACAAACUGGCCAACGAGAAUGCGUCGAUGCGCGUCGAGCUGGACGCUCUUAGGUCUAAGUAUGAGGCGUUGCAGACCUUCGCCAGGACUGUGGCCCGAAGCCCAACUGUCGGGGUCGGCGUCAGGGCUGGAGGGGAGGAGGAGGAGCAGGAGGUGGGGUGGCGUCAUCGGUCCAUCGGCCCGCUCAUACCAGGGAAGGUGGCGACGGCGACGAGCGUGAUUACAAUAGUGAAGUCAAAACAGAUGCACGGUCUUGAGGGAAGUGAAGAUAGAUGAGGUGUAUCAGGAUGGAGCUGAGCUGCAUCAGACUAAUUCUUCUCUGCUGGCCUCCCUCUCCUCCACCUGCGCUGACUUCAGACAGCUGGGCAGUCUCACUACAUCGCCUCAGCAUGUUCCUGUCACCCGUCUCACAUCAGUGCAGAUGAAGGAAAGAAUUGAAGCAGAGGAGGAUUAUUGAGUCUAUAAACAGGCAAGCCCUUGAGCAAGGUUACAUAGGGUUCUUAUUGUCACUAAAAGCCAGGAAAUGUCAAAGAAUUUGAAAAAAAAUCUUGAAAAAUGCACAAAACACUUCAGAAAAAUCUGCAAUUUUGUUUGGUUUUCAUUUAAAUCAGUCAAAUUUUCUGUGUAGAGUUUUACCGCUGGUUGUUUGCCUAAAUUGUGGCAUUAAAGUUAGAUGUGUCAACAAAAGCUCUAAAAUGUACGUUUGAUAUGUAUUUUUAGAUUGGUUAUAAAAAUUCCAUUGUUCUGAUUCACACAUGAUUUUACCUGCUGGUUUCAGUGGCUGCAGAGAAGCUCCAUCUUGUUCUACCUCGCCAAGAACUUUUUCAGAAAAGUACUAUAGAAAAAUAUAUAUUAUACAAUGGUGGUAACUGUAUUUCUACUGUUUUGUACUGUGUUGUCAUUCACAUGAGGUCCAAGGUGUAUUCUCUGUGUGUGAAUUGUUAUAUAUCAGGAAUUCUGUGAAAUUCUGUGGCGCGUGUUCGUUUUGGUAUCGCUAUAUUUAGUUAGCUGUAUUUUUUUCUACGGCCUCUUCACUUUCGAUGUCUCGCUUUCUCUUAAACUUAUUCUUUCUCUGUCCUUCCAUUUUUUCAAUUCCAACUGGCUUCCUUUAUUACAUACAGUACUUCCUGGAUUUUACAGAACGACGGGGAAGAGCAAUUGAUAUUUACAAAAAAAGAAGAAACAAAAUGCAACAUAUAAAGGAAAAAGAAGCAAAGUUAUUCAAGUUACCGACUUUAGUGUGUGAGAAUUUUCAGGGAAAUGGUCGUUUGAACACCAGAGCUGAAUGAAGAUAAACACUGUCUUCUGUCUGUUUGCGUUCCGCUCAAAAGUUUAUUCAUUAAAUUUGGAAGGGCAAGUGCCUUGGUCUCCUAAUUAUAUGCACCAAGAAGAAGUCAAGAGGACAUGAGGAAUUGUGGAAGGAUGGCGGAGAUUCAGUGCAGGUGUUUACCUGUGCUUAAUCGUAAACACCGACCCAUCAGGAAUUAGGUCGUAGCAGCAUUUAACUGUCGCUGUGCGUUGUUGUACGAGCUGUGUAGUCGCCAUCAGGAUUAUUCAUAAUAAUAAUAACACUCAUUUAUGUGACUCGGCAGUUCAUUUACUUAAAAAAAAAAAAGCGAAAGGAUGUGCAAAACAGCAGCUUCUAUUAAUUCUCAUUUUUAUGUGCACAGAUAGAAAGUUGAUGUUCAGUUAUGACGAAAAAGUCCAUAAAUCUUUUUAUUUGGUUCAAAUGGAAACAAAUUUGAUUGGCUGCUGACUCAAAAAUUAGGUUACAGCUCAAAUCACAUCACUUUAUGUUGCAUUCCUUUUGCUUUUAACCACAAAAUGUGAUCACUGACAGUAUGUUCAACAAAGAUAUUUCUCUGAAUUUCCAGUCACACAAAUGGGCUGUCAUUUCAUGCGGGCUUUACCAUAAAAGUAGUCUUAUGUGGUGUUCUGUACUCAAGAAUCUUUGUCUACGUAUGGUGGAGUCUGGAAUUUUAUAAGACAAUUAUCUUUGCAUUGUUUGUAACGACAUGUAAAAAAGGUAUAAUGAAAUCUGUUUGAUAUACAGUAUCUCUCUAUUUUGCAAUUGUACCAAAAGUGGCUUAACUACUGAAUAGCUUUGUUUUUUCUCUAGUGACUAGGCACGUGUGUGUAACCGUGAACUAGCGUGUGGUGUGCUGUGUAGGUAUGUGACGAGGUAAUAUAACGUCACUAUUUCAUGGAUAUGACUUUGAUCCGCGUUUGAUUUCAGGCCGAAGCGGGUGAUGACACAGUUGGUAACUGCACUCUUUCUCUCAUCAUAAAAUCUUUGUCCUCCCGGCCCCAUCACUCAGCUCCAGUGCGGCAGACGUGUUGGAUCGUUUGUUAAACUGCACUUAUGAGUUAUGUUUUUGAAGAAGUUCACUUUGGCUGACCCAUUUUACAUACUUCUGAACAGGCGUUUGCGUCUUUAUUUUGGUCCUUGCAGCGCUCACGGUGUUCAUUGUCGCAGAUAAACUGGCCGAUGAGAUGAGGAAGUGUUUUGGUUAACCUCACAGGCUUUGUUGUUUUGUGUAUUCAGGUCAUCUGGCAAGGUGACCAGAGAAGGGAAACUCAACCAUAGGCCUCUAUGGCUGCAUCACGCCCACUCCUAUAACUUAUUUUUGUCGCGAGUGAUGAAGAUGUUUUGUUUUUUGCUGUGUAUAUUUAGUGUUGUUCAUGUUGUAUUUGUUUGUUAACUCUUCUGGAGGUGUCAGGGAAGUGAAAUAACAUUUGUAUAUGGUCUUUUAUGAAGUGUAAAAAUGUUUUGUUAUUUAAUGGUCUAUCAAAGAGUGAGGUUUACGUGGGAGUACAAUUGCCUCAAACAUUUUUUAACCUGAUUUAAAGUUAGUCAUUUACUGAAAUAGGAGCAAUUUGCAUAAUAAAAGCUUUGCAGACAUGCAGCCUUUUACCUGAAACCGCUACUUCUCCACUGUGAAGAAAAAUGGGUUAGCUAGCCUACUGCUGUGCAGUUACUAAGAUUAGUAAGGUGUUGUCAUCUCUACAGAACAUUAAUAUAAAACAGAAUUUGAAAACACAUGGGUAGAUAAGUGGGUUUGAGAUUUAAAAAUAUUGUUUGUCCAUAAUCUUUACAUUGGUAACCGUUUAGUUAAACAAGAGAACGUCACAUAACUUAUCACAGGAGUAUACCCAGAGGUAUUCAGCUACAAGCAGUUUUAGGUAUUACACCCAGUAUAUGUAUGUGUUUGCUUCAUAACUAAAAAAAAACCACGUCCUGUUUUGUAUGGGCUGAAUGCCACUAUUGGUAUUUUAAAAUAUAUUUUCUUUCUCUCUCUGUCACUCUGUUGCUUCUGUCUGUUUCUUUAUUGAAAGAUGUUUUUCUGUUGUUCACUGGCUGAUCCUGUGUGGUCGCUUAGAUAUAUAAUAGGAAGAAACACGACUUGUGUUGAGACUAGGUUGUGUCAAACUGUACGACUGUAUGUGCCACUGUCGAACAAUAUGUUUAAUCCUACUCUGUAUUUUUUAUGCUCCUCUACUUUAAAAAAGGAUGCAUACUGUGUAAACGUAAACGUGUCAACAUGGUGGCUGCUGUUAAAUAGACAUAUCUAAUUAUGCAAACUGUGUAGGGCAAAAUUAGAACUCCUGCCGCACAGGAGCAGUGAUGCUAUUGUAGUCGUUUUGUCAAGUUGUCUGUUUUAUAAUUGCAGGUACAAUGUGAUGUGACAAGGUUAAAGAGCUAAUAUACAGUGUGUUUAGCAUUUUAUGCCCGGUUAUAAAUGCCAGUGCCAGUUUGCCUCUGUUUAAAUUUGGCUUAUGUGUUGUGGCUUACCCAGUUUCACUCAACAGUUAACUGUGAAAACAUCAAAUCAUCUAGUGUUUUUAGUUUAAUUCAUUUCCAACUGAAUGCAAACUACAAUGUAGCUGUCACGUAAGGCCUCCAGUCGAGCCGAAGAAUUGGGAUUUUUGUCUUCCAGACUUUUUAGUGGUGUGAAGCGGUGUGUACACAAAUGAGGCCGAACAUUACAGAAGUUUAAUCCUGAUUUUCCCUCAGCAGACACGAUCAGCUGACGGCACUGACCUUCAGUGAUGAUCAGACAGGGCAGCUUGGUGGCUUUCCAUAACACAUUUUAUGAGCUUUAAGACAUGCUGACCUUAUUUUCCGCUGCCUGUGAAGGGGUCAUACCCCCUCUUAUGAUAAGGCAUUUCAUCACAAACCCGAGCAACCACUUAAACCGCUUCCAUAAAUAUUUUACAGAGGCAGAAGGAGUGGUGGAGACACGUCUGAUAAAACCUACUUAACUUGUCCGAUCCCUUCUUACAAAUGGUCUGUGAGUUAAUUCAGCAGCCUACCAGGCCCGUCCUCACAACACCUUAGAAGACACAAAUCAUUAACUCCUUAUCUUGCUGCUUGGCCAAUCGGUAUGCAGCCAUUCAGUUGUUUUCCCGUCUAGUGAAUCACACCACUGGACUCUAAAAGCCCUUUCACCCACUGCUGAUCCAGAUCGAUGAGAGUAAAUGAACCAAGGAUUCCUUUGAUCGUUUGUUUGGUGUUUCAUCAAUAAUGUUAGUUUUGCCUCCCAAGUUACCCCAUCUGCUGCUCCCUCUGCCGCUCACAUCGGCUGUACGACGUCUAGUGAAAAAUAAUCUCACACAGAGUUCAGGUAUCACAUCACAUUAGCUGAUUUUUGUUGUUGUUGUUGUUACUGUGACAGUCUUCCUCUUUAAUUUUACUCUUGAUGACAUUAUUUUUUCAAACCACUUUGUCCACUGGUGAGCAUUCAGCCAGGUCGCUCAUGAGAGCUGGGAUUUUUUCUUUGUGUUUCUCGAAGUAUAUAAUGGUCAGUUUAAAGCUAUAGAAAAGUAGUGAGUUUGUGUGAAUAUGGUGUAACCUAUUCAGAAAAGCCCUUGUAAUAGGAAAUUCUGUGUUUUGUAAUAUUUCUGUAUGGGGUGUAAUAAAUUAUUCUACGACAGUACUUUCUAUGGGAAAAUACUUAAAAUGUGACAGUCUUUGUAAGUAUUUAUCUUCAACUAAAUUAUUGUUCUUUUUUUGCAAUUUGUAGAUAGUGAUGAUGACAAGGUAUUGGUAAUCAUGAAAUUAACUGUUUCAUCAUCGGGUCCGAUGCAUCUUUUAAUUUAUUGAUGUAUAUACUGUACGUUUGUUGAUAAACAGCUUACUUUAUUUUGUAUAUGACCAAUAAACAUGUUUAAAA